AUGAGUUCUUGUUUGUUUCAAAUAGAUGGAAGGCAAGGAUGGGCUGAGUUUGCACCUUAUGAUGCUAUUCAUGUCGGAGCAGCAGCACNGGAGAUCCCAGAAGCAUUGAUUGAUCAAUUGAAACCUGGUGGGAGACUGGUGAUCCCCGUUGGGAACUUAUUCCAAGAUCUGAAAGUGGUGGAUAAGAACUCAGAUGGUUCAGUUAGCAUCAAGAGCGAAACUUCAGUCCGAUAUGUUCCUUUGACUAGCCGUGACAGGGAACUGAUUAUGCUCGGUGUACAGAACAAUGAAUCUAGUAAGCUUCACUUGGGUUUCUAA